ACACGUCUUGAACACGUUGGUGCAGGCAAGGGAUCGUUCGGAGAGGUGUACAAGGGGUGCGUUCAUCUAGCCGUGCCGUAGACGACUGACCUCAACCGAACCUUCACGACACGCAGAUACGACAAACGCACUCAAAAGACCGUGGCCAUUAAGAUCAUCGACUCGAGAGUGCUGAAGACGAGAUUGAGGACAUUCAGCAGGAGAUCCAGAUCCUCUCCCAGCUCGACUCUCCGCAUGUCACCAAAUACCACGGAUCCUUCCUCAAGGGCUCGCACUAUGGAUCGUCAUGGAAUACUGUUCCGGCGGCUCAUGUUCUGACCUUAUGAAACCGGGAGUGUUUCGAGAAGAAUACAUCGCGAUCAUUGUGAGGGAGCUGUUGAAGGGUCUUGAGUAUCUUCAUACCGAGGGAAAGCUUCAUCGAGAUAUCAAAGGUGCGUCCCGCAGUAUGUCUAGGUCGUUCAGGUUUUCACCUCGUGCCCAUGAUAGCUGCGAAUAUUCUCUCUCUGCAGGUGGAGACGUCAAGCUAGCUGACUUUGGUGUCUCUGGUCAAUUGUCGGGCACACUUUCGGCCAAGAAGAACACCUUCGUCGGCACGCCAUACUGGAUGUCGCCCGAGGUCAUCAAGCAGAGCGGCUACGACCACAAGGCGGACAUCUGGUCUCUGGGUAUCACCGCUAUUGAGCUCGCGAAGGGUGAACCGCCGUACGCGGAGCUGCAUCCAAUGAAGGUUCUAUUUUUGAUUCCGAAGAACGCGCCCCCGACAUUGGAGGGUCCCUUCUCCAAGAUGUUCAGGGAAUUCGUGUCGUACUGCCUCCAGCGUGAUCCCCGAGACCGCCCGUCUGCCCGGGACCUGCUGAAGCACAAGUUCGUCCGCAUGGCGAAGAAGACGAGCUAUCUGACCGAACUCAUCGAGCGACACGAGCGAUGGAAGGCCGAGGGCGGCGAGCGCGUAGAGGAGGAAGAGCGGCAGCACGUCGAGGACAUCGCUAACAGCGAUCCAGAGGACCUAUGGGAUUUCGGAACUGUGCGGCACGCGGGCACCGUCGGACGUGCCCAGACAAGCUCCAUAAAGGUGUCCGGCCCACCGCUGACAUGGGAGAACAACGGCACGACGCGCUCAGAUGAUUCAGAGGGCUCAGGCUCGGGCGGCAGCUUGACGUUCUCCCGAGGGGCCUGUCCGGGAUCACUGAGGCGACGACCGUCAGCAGCAAGACGAGCUCCCGCCCCUGCCCGCGUCAAAUCCAUCGACGCCGCGCAAGUUUGACCAACAGGCGACGAUACGCAACGGCUCGGUUGCGGCGGCCGUCAAAAAGGAGCCGUCGGACGAGUAUGAUGACGAUUAUGAAGAUGAACCGAAUGGAUAUGUGGCUGGGGCAGCGAAUGGGCGGCCGCCGGUUGACGACGAGUUGCCCGACACCACUAUGCUGGACUCGGU